AUGGAUUUUGAAAGUCCGGACGUUGAAAAGGAUUUUCCUGGCUUAUAUGCAUCUGAGAGUGGCAGGAAAAGCAAUGAAAGUGACUUCAGUGAUGGUGCUGACCAUGAAAAACCAAGCAAGAAAGACUUAUUGGGUAGACGAAAAGAAAAGAAAGAGAAGAAAGAUAGAGGCUAUGCUGCACUAGAGGGAGAAAGCUCACCAGAAGAGGAUACUGAUACAAAAAGUCCUUCGAAAUCCAAGAAGACAAAGUCAUUUAAAUUCCCGACAAAGAGUAAGGAGAAACGCGAGAAAUCUCGUGACAAAGAAAAAGUAUUAGAGGAUGCAGCAAAGCAAAGAGAAAGGGAAGAGAAAGAAAAGAAAAAAGAGAAGGAACGAGAGAAAGAAAGGGAAAGGGAGAAAAAGGAGAAAGAAAAACGUGAGAAGUUGAGAGAGAAAGAUAAGGAAAAAGAAGAAAAAGCAAAAUUCAAGCUAGAAUCUAAGGAAAAACUGAAAGAUGAGAAAAAAGAUAAGACGAAAGAUAAGGACAAGGAGAAGGUGAAGGAAAAAGAAAAGGAGAAAGUGAAAGAAAAAGAUAAGGAUAAAAAGGAUAAAAAGCUGACGAAAGUUCCAUCUACAUUCACAUGUGGAGUACCCUUCGAAGAAAUAUUUACCUUGGGAGUGGCUCUCCCGAUAUUUGGCGUACCGUUAGCGCAGUCAGUGGAGCGUUCGAGAUGUCACGACGACACCGGCCUACCUCUCGUCGUACGAGACAGCAUCGAUUACCUACAGGCGCACGGUUUGAAAUCCAACCAGAUUUAUCGUACAGAACCUGACAAGAUCAAAAUGCAGCAGCUGAAGAAACUCUUCACGGACAGAGGACCUACAUUCCCUUACCACUGGGAUGUUCCCGUGGCUUGUGCUAUGCUUAAAACUUUUAUUAGUGAACUCCCGGACUCUAUAUUAACACAAGAGCUACACGGACAGUUCGAACAAGCGACGGCUAUAGCCGAGCCACAGCGCGAGGCUACAAUGUUGGCACUCAUAGCCAAACUACCUCCACACAACUAUAGCCUGCUGGGCUGGAUCAUCAGGCACUUCGAAUGUGUUGUGGCUAAUGAACAGGCGAAUCACGCAAACAUUCAAACUAUAAUGACUGCAAUGGGACCAGCGCUCAACAUGUCGUUGAACCUCCUCACCUACUUGGUCUCUAAGGCUGAGAAGCUGUUCCCAGACGUCCAGCUUACGAAAUACGUACCACCUUUAGCCUCCAUACCACCUGACUUCCCAGAGACAGCUCCUGAAUUAAGCUUGGAGCUUCGCAAGCAGGAGUCUCUAUUGAAUCAGAUACACGCAGAAAUGCACGCCGGGUUUAUCACGCCCGCCCGGGAUCAGCAACUGUGGGAGGCGCAAAGGAUUGUCACACAGCUGAAGAGGAAGCUCCGCUCAGUACAGAAAUCUGUAGAACCGCAAAAUUCAUUGCAACCUCAACAUGCGUCGCUAGAUGAAAGACAUGAACAUAAAACGGAGGAUGAACCAGUGAGGCGGAACUCUCAACCCUCACAACCAUCUGCACCGCCACAACUGCAACCAGAGGCACAACUCACUCCUCAAGAACCUCCCGAGGUCAAAACUCCAAAUGAACCAUUCCUAGACUCCAAAGAGUCGCCAAGCCAAGAACCCAUCUUCGAAGCCGAAUUUGAAGACAAUUUCGAAUUCAAACCAGAAAUCCCAAUAAAAGAAACACCCGACCAAGAUAUACCUCCAGCAGAACCCAUCAAAGAAAAACCUAAACUAACGGAAAAAGAACUCAAAGUACUAAGAUUAGAACUUGAAAACGCAGAGUACUUGCAACUUAAGUCGCUACUGCAAGCGAAAAUCAACUCUGAACAGUUUGAAAUAGUCAAACUUAGGAGCCAUGUUGCAUUGAAGAAUAAGGCUGAAGGUGGCCAGACGACGAAAGAUAGCAAGGAAAACAACGUGCAAGACGAACAGGAGUUAAGACAAAGACUGAUCAAAGAGAAUGCGUUACUGGAGCAAAAGAGAAUCAACCUUAUUAACCAGAUAUUUCAGGAGAGAGUCGCUUGUAUUCAGUUGAAGAUAGAGCUCGCUAUGAAAGAAAUACUGUCGAAGUCAUAA